UCCCCUCUCAGUCUGGGCGUGGGGAGCACCCGGUUCUGCAGGUGGGGGACCUCCAGGAGCAGGACGAUGGCCGCGCUGCAGGAGAAGAAGUCAUGCAGCCAGCGGAUGGAGGAGUUCCAGCGCUACUGCUGGAACCCGGACACGGGGCAGUUGUUGGGCCGGACCCUGUCCCGGUGGGUGUGGAUCAGCCUGUACUACGUGGCCUUCUACGUGGUGAUGACCGGACUCUUCGCCCUGUGCAUCUACUCCCUGAUGUGCACGCUCGACCCGUACACGCCUGACUACCAGGACCAGCUGAAGUCGCCAGGAGUGACCUUGAGGCCAGAUGUCUAUGGGGAGAAAGGUCUGGACAUUUCCUACAAUGUCUCCGAUAACAGGACCUGGACGGACCUCGUGCACACCCUCCACGACUUCCUGGCAGGCUACUCGCCAGAGGCCCAGCAGGACAACAUAAACUGCACCUCGGAGAAGGUCUUCAUCCAGGAGAGCUUCAGCGCCCCUAACCACACCAAGUUCUCCUGCAAGUUCACCACAGACAUGCUGCACAACUGCUCGGGCCUGAUGGAUCCCAGCUUCGGCUUUGAGGAAGGAAAGCCGUGUUUUAUUAUUAAAAUGAACAGGAUCGUCAGGUUUCUCCCCAGCAACAAAACGGCCCCCAGGGUGGACUGCACCUUCCUGGACCAGGACCAGGGCCGGGACCGGCGCCGCACGGACCUCCCGCCUCUGCAGGUGGAGUACUACCCACCCAACGGCACCUUCAGUCUGCACUACUUCCCUUACUACGGGAAGAAGGCGCAGCCCCACUACAGCAACCCUUUGGUGGCCGCAAAGCUUCUCAACGUCCCCAAGGACACGGAAGUGGACAUCAUGUGCAAGAUCCUGGCCGAACAUGUGACCUUUGACAACCCCCAUGAUCCCUUUGAAGGGAAAGUGGAAUUCAAGCUUAAAAUUCAGAAGUAAAGGACCGAGGAGGCGGCUGUAACCUGCGUGGGAGCCUGCAGUCCACCGCCCUCCCAGGGUGCCGCCCCCCAGUCCC